AUGCUACAUAGUUGCGACAAUAAGCGAGUGUCCUUGGAUGCAUGGGAUAUAUCUGGAGACAUAGAGAAUGGUGAAAAAGUAACAGAAAUCGUUUGCAGGGCUAUCGAAUUCGUUACGGAAACUUACAAGACAAACGUGUAUGCAAUAGUUUCUGAUAAUGCUAGUGUUAUGGUCAAAAUGGGUAAUGAGCUUGAUCAGACCAUUUGGCAUAGCACAUGUAGUAGCCACACUGCUAAUUUAUUUGCAAAAAGCGUACUGGAUUAG